CAACAACACUUUUUAUUUCGGGGGGUUUCCUUCAGAAACGCGUCUCCCGCGCAUUUUCUCUCAUUUUCCGAUCGAAAAUGGCCCCGAAAUCCGAUAGCGCCGAAGCUAUCGUGCUGAACUUCGUGAAUGAGCAAAAUAGGCCAUUGAACUCUCAAAACGUGGCCGAUUCAUUGCAAAAGUUUAACCUAAAGAAGGCAGGGAUACAGAAAGCACUGGAUAAUCUUGCGGAUAACGGGAAGAUUUCGUUUAAGGAGUAUGGUAAGCAGAAGAUAUACCUUGCUCGGCAAGACCAGUUUGAUAUUCCCAACAGCGAAGAGCUUAAUCAGAUGAAAGCAGAAAAUGCACAAGUGCAGCAACAGCUGGAUGAGCAGAAGAGAGCAAUUAGUGAGGUUGAGGGAGAAAUUAAAAACUUGCAGUCGAAUCUGACGCUCGAACAGAUACGUCAUAAAGAGGCCAAGCUGCAGAAGGAGGUUAAAGAAAUGGAAGACAGAUUGGUAAAAUUGCGCAAAGGAGUUACCUUGGUCAGGCCAGAAGAGCGGAAGGCAAUUGCGGAAAUGUAUUCAGAGAAAGUAAGUCAGUGGAGAAAGCGGAAAAGGAUGUUCAAGGAUGUGUGGGAUGCUAUAACUGAGAACUUACCCAAGGAUCUAAAAGAAUUUAAGGAAGAACUUGGACUUGAAUAUGACGAAGAUGUUGGUGUGAGCUUGCAGUCUUUCAGUGGCCUGCUGCAACAUGGCAAGAAGCGAACCAGAGACCAGUAACUUUAUAGGAGGAACUGCAUAUUUGAUGAAGCAUUAGGCACAAGUUGUUGGUAUUUUCUUUCUUAAGGGGUUAGCCGGUUAUAAAAUUUGUAGAUCCUGUUAUCUUGUAAGAAUUAGAUUUGUCGCUUCUGACCAAUUGCAUGUUGGACCGCUGUUUCAAAAAGGUGCAUGGUAUUCCAGUUUAAGUGUUCUUAUAUUUGAAUUAAUGCAAUUUA